AUGAAAAUCUGGAAGUCUCAACCGUACUCGGUGUCAGCUCAGGAGCUGGGUAACUAUAUCCAGGACUACCUGAAGCCCCAUGAAGAUUGCCAGAAACAGAUUGACCAGACUGUGAGCACCAUCUGUGACAUCUUGAAUCAACUCAGGAAAGUGCAGAGAGUGGCCAAAGGUGGAUCCUACUGUCGGGAAACAGUCUUGAAAGGCGAUUCCGAUGGUACCUUCGUCCUCUUCCUCGGUGACUUCAAACAAUUCCAGGAUCAGAAGAAAAGCCAACGUAACCUCAGCAAGAUUAGUUCUAUAUUGGAGUGCUCUCUACCCAAAAAGGAGCUGCCAGGCAAGACCCAGAUCCAGAGGACCCAAGAUGGGCUUGUCAUCAAGGUGUCCACAGAACAGCAAAGAAUCUCUUUCCAGGUGGUGACUGCCUUCAAUGCUCUGGGUCCUGAUGAGAAUCCCAGCCCUCAAGUCUACCGAGAUCUCAAAAGUUCCUUGGAUAAGACAAAAGCCAUCCCCGGUGAGUUUGCCGUCUGCUUCACCGAACUCCAGCAGAAAUUCUUUAGCAACCUCCCCAGAAAACUGAAGGAUUUGAUUCUCUUGGUAAAGCACUGGUAUCAAAAGUGCCAGGAGAAACGUCCUGAGUUAUCCUGGCUGCCUCCAUAUGCCCUGGAGUUGCUCACAAUAUAUGCCUGGGAACAGGGAUGCAAAGAAGAAGACUUCAACAUUGCUGAGGGCAUCAGAACCAUUCUGAAGCUGGUCAAGAAGAAGGACCAGCUGUGCAUCUAUUGGACGGUCUACUACAACUUUGAGGACGAGACUGUCUGCAACAUCCUGCUGAACCAGCUCCAAUCAGAAAGGCCUAUGAUCUUGGAUCCAACCGACCCAACCAACAAAGUCAGUGGAGAUAAGCAAUGUUGGAAACUGCUGAAAGAGGAAGCUCAGAACUGGCUGACGUGUCCCAGGCUGGACAACGAGCUGUCGUGGCCAUCUUGGGAUGUGCUGCCUUCGCCACUCUUCGCAAUCUGGGAUCAUCUUCUAGAUAAGUUCAUCAAGGACUCCCUCCAGCCUGAAGAGUUCUUCCUAGUGGAGAUCAACACUGCUGUCAAAGCCAUCUGUACGUUCCUUACAGAAAAAUGCUUUCAGCAUUCACCCACCAAGAUCCAGAUCGUCCAGGGAGGAUCCAUCGCCAAGGGCACUUCACUGAAGACUGGCUCCAAUGGCCACCUUAUCGUGUUCCACGACUCCCUUAAAAGCUACACCUUCCAAAAAAAUGAGUGCUGCGAAAUCAUGGAGGAGAUUUACAAACAAUUGAAAGCCUAUGAGAAUUUUGAAGUCAAGUUUAAGAUUUCAAAAUGGGAGGCUUCCAGGAUGCUGAGCUUCUCCCUGGAAUCCACAGUACUCAAGGAAAGUGUCGACUUUGACGUGCUGCCUGCCUUUAAUGCUCUAGGUCAGUGGAAUUCUGAUGCAACACCCAACCCUGAGGUCUAUGUUGAGCUCAUUGAGCUUUAUAAAUCCUCAGACACCCAGUGGGGAGACUUUUCUCCCUGUUUCACACUGCUGCAGCAAAAAUUCAUUCGCCCGUGGCCCGCCAAACUGAAGGAUUUAAUUCGCCUGGUGAAGCACUGGUACAAACAGUGUGAAAAGAAACUGAAGGAAAGGGACACUUUGCCCCCAAAGUAUGCCUUGGAGCUGCUCACUGUCUAUGCCUGGGAGCAGGGGAGUGGGACGGAGGAUUUUGACACCGCGGAAGGUUUCCGGACAGUCCUGGAGUUGGUCACACAGUGUCAGCAGCUCUGCAUCUUCUGGACGGUCAAUUACAACUUUGAAGAUGAGACUCUGCGGAAUUUCCUGCUGAGCCAGAUCCAGAAAACCAGGCCUGUGAUCUUGGACCCAGCGGAACCUACUGGCGACGUGGGUGGAGGGGACCGUUGGUGUUGGCCUCUUCUGGCCAAAGAAGCCAAGGAAUGGCUGCUCUCUCUUUGCUUCAGGGCUGGGACUGAAAACCCAGUGCAGCCUUGGAAAGUGCUGGUAAGAGUCAUCUGA